AUGAACGCAAUUUUGUUAUUGGCUUUUGUUUUAACGAGUUCGGCGGUCAAAAUAACAGUGACGAAAACCUCUGAGAUAAUACCAACAAAUUCGACGAUAGGAGAGAAGUGUGUCGGUGACAUUCCACAAACUGAGAUCAAACGGAUUCAAAAGCGUGUGUCUGCUCUCGAAGCCCGUGUCGAGCAAUUCAAAAAAAUCACUACAGAGAUUUCUGUGCGCAUUGAGGACUUGUCGAAAGAAGAGAAUAAGACGUUAAGCGCAACAGACAGAAACAACUUGGUCGAGGCCAAACUCAGACUGUACAAAUACCAAAUUGUCACUGUGAAACGCGUUAUCAAGUUAAUCACUUUGAUUAAGAAAACUCUCAACAUCCUUCCCGAACCCAUGAACACAAAACUCAUCGAGAACAUGCGCAUCGAGAAGCGGAUCAAAAACUUGAAGCGCGUCAUUUUGGUCUUACGUGACAGACUUAGAAACGACAAGGAGGUUCUUAAAUACAUAACUAGACAGGAAGUUAGGGGCACUUACAAAGGUACACCCGUCAAAAAGAGUGUAAUGAUUAACGAAAUUUUCCCCAAGAAGAAUAUUAAGUACUUUGGAGGGAGUGAAGAGACGGAGAAGAAGGUGGUCGACUUAGUUGUCAAAGAGUUGAAAAGGUGCAAAAAGGCCACGAAAGCGCAAAAGGCCAAAAAGCAGAUGUUUGGUGGGAAGAAAGAGACGGAGAAGAUUAUUGUCGACUUAGUCGUUAAGCAACUGAGCAACUGCAAACAGUUCAACAAGAGAUUUGGGAAGUAA